CGGUGGCUGCGAUGAGGCAAAGGUGUGGUUGGUGUCCAGGGGCCGUCCCACCCAGACCCAGUGAAAGUAUCCGUUGUUCAGUGGAGCUCUGCUGUGGUCGGACUCACGAAGCGGAGGCAGCUCUGUGGUUUAAGCUGAAACAUUUGGCUGGAGGCGCAUUAGAAGCAACAGAGAGACGGACUGGGAGCGGUGGACAGGGGAGAGGAAAUAAGUCAGAGGAGUUUUAAGCUGUGAGGCAAAGCAGCGUGAGUGCUUUGAGGAGAAAGGAACAUGGAUCAACCGACUGAAGCAGGAUCGCCCAUGAGCUGCAGCCUCACUGCCAGUUUCUCCUGAGGUGCAAUUUUGCAAACCAUCGUGAAAAAAAGGGAUGAAUGAGGGUCGCUCUGCUCUGCUGAGAAGGUGCCACCUCGUCUUGUCCAAGACGGACACCAUCGGCGCUCCUCCUGUCAGAUCUGCUCCCUCUGAGGACGCUGGAGAUGGCGUGGCUGCUCAGGCUGAAAACGAUGCAGCCUUCCCAUUGUCGGAGCUCUCGCACCUGUUUGAGAGCGACGAUGGCUCCCAGUCGGCUCAGGACACGAGUCUGGAUGCUGCUCUGGAGCAGGCUCAGCCCAGCGCUCAGCCCGGCCAUCCCUCCGACAGCAGACAGAACCUGAGAAUGAAGUUCCAAGGUGCCUUCAAGAAGGGCAUUUCCAACCCGAUGGACCUGCUGGAAACCACCAUAUACGAGUCAAAUGUGCCGGGACCUAAAAAAGCACCCAUGGACUCCCUCUUUGACUACGGCACCUACGGAAGCUCAAGCAACCAGAAGAAACGCAGGAAAAAACUCCCUAGAGGUAAAACCGAGACGUCGUGCGAUGACAGUCAGAGCAGCGACCCGCCAAAAGUGCUGAAAAUAUUCACUCGCUUCGUGCUGUUUGACUGUGUGUCCCGCGGAGACCCACAGGCCCUCGAGGGUCUGCUGGAGUACCUGCAAAGUCAAGAGAAGAGGUUAACAGAUGAGGAGUUCAGAGAGCUAUCCACUGGAAAGACGUGUCUGCCUAAAGCCCUGCUCAACCUUUACGGCGGUCGGAACGACACCAUCCCGGUGCUGGUGGACAUCGCAGAGAAGACGGGAAACCUCAGAGAGUUUAUCAACACGCCCUUCAGGGAUGUCUUCUACAGAGGCCAGACGGCGCUCCACAUCGCCAUCGAGCGACGCUGUAAGCAGUAUGUGGAGCUGCUGAUGGAGAAGGGAGCAGAUGUUCACGCCCAAGCCAGGGGACGCUUCUUCCAGCCCAAAGAUGAGGGGGGCUAUUUCUACUUUGGUGAGCUGCCCCUCUCCUUGGCUGCCUGCACCAACCAGCCGGACAUAGUGCACUACCUGACGGAGAACCCGCACAAGAAGGCCGACCUGCGGCGCCAGGACUCGCGUGGAAACACAGUGCUGCACGCGCUCGUGCACAUCGCAGACAACACCAAGGACAACACCCGUUUCCUCACAAAGAUGUACGACCUGCUGCUGAUUAAGUGCGCCAAGCUCUUCCCAGACUGCAACCUGGAGACGAUACUCAACAACGACGGCAUGUCACCGCUCAUGAUGGCUGCCAAACUUGGCAAAAUAGGGGUUUUCCAGCACAUCAUUCGACGUGAGAUCAAAGAUGAAGAGGUCCGUCAUUUGUCGCGUAAAUUUAAGGACUGGGCUUACGGUCCAGUGUACUCCUCCCUCUAUGACCUGUCCUCGCUGGAUACAUGUGGAGAGGAACCAUCUGUGCUGGAGAUUCUAGUUUACAACAGCCGCAAUGAGAACCGCCAUGAGAUGCUGGCUGUGGAGCCCAUCAACGAGCUGCUGAGGGCCAAAUGGCAGAAGUUUGCCGCUGCCACUUUUUACAUUAGUGUGGUGUCCUACCUCAUCUCCAUGAUCAUCUUCACCUUGGUGGCGUAUUACCACCCGACACAGGAAACGCCUCCUUACCCCUACAAUACCUCCUCCGACUAUUUACGGAUGACAGGGGAGAUCGUAACACUGGCAUCGGCGAUCUUCUUUUUCCUCACAAAUGUUAAGAAUGUCUUCCUGAAAAAAUGUCCUGAGGUGAAAUCUUUAGUCUUUGAUGGAUCCUUUCAGCUGCUGUUCUUAAUCUACGCUGUCCUGAUUAUAGUCACUGCUGCUCUCUACCUGUCUGGCAUUAAGGCAUACGUCUCUGUGAUGGUGUUUGCACUCGUCCUGGGUUGGAUGAACACGCUUUACUUUACCAGAGGCCUGAAGCUCACUGGUACCUACAGCAUCAUGAUACAGAAGAUUCUUUUUAAAGACCUUUUCAGAUUCCUGCUGGUCUAUGUGCUCUUCAUGAUCGGGUAUGCUUCAGCCUUGGUGUCCCUGUUGCCAGUUUGUCCUACAGAAUGUGUUGGGGAGUGUCCCACGUACCCAAGCUGCAGGAAGCCCGACACUUUCAGCAUUUUCCUUCUGGACCUGUUCAAACUGACCAUCGGGAUGGGAGAUUUGGACAUGAUCCACAGUGCUCUAUAUCCUGGAGUCUUUCUCAUCCUCUUAGUCACCUAUAUCAUCCUGACCUUUGUGCUGCUACUCAACAUGUUGAUUGCUUUGAUGGGGGAGACGGUGGGGCAGGUGUCCAAGGAGAGCAAGAAGAUCUGGAAGCUUCAGUGGGCAACGACUAUCUUGGACAUUGAGCGUUCAUUCCCAGUGUGUCUUCGUAAGUCUUUUCGAGCUGGAGAGAUGGUGACCGUGGGGAAGAACGUGGAUGGGUCACCAGAUCGACGAUGGUGUUUCAGGGUGGACGAGGUGAACUGGUGCCACUGGAAUCAGAACCUGGCAAUAAUCAGCGAGGAUCCAGGCAAGACUGAGACGAGCCAAACCAACGGGCUGCGACAAAGCGCCAGAGGCCUGAGGAGAGAUCGCUGGUCCACUGUUGUCCCGCGGGCGGUGGAGUUAAGUAGAAGUCCUCGUUCUAAUGAUCUAGUGGUGGAGAUGGAGCCACUGACGCCAAGACACUGAAGCCUGAAGAGGACACGUUAACUCUUAGAAUAAGGAGACACCUCAAAGCCACCAGCUAAUAACAUAGCAAAAUCUACUUUUUUAAACCAUAAAAAAACAUUUUAUGUACUUAGUCUCUAGGAGGGCAGAAAAGCUGAAUGUAGUCUGUCCAAGUGCUGCGUAGAUAUCUUUAUAUUCUGUUUGGGGCAUAGUUUCCAAACCGUUCAGGUUUCACUGUUUUCUAUUAUGUUUUUGAACAAUUACGCCAUAACGUUUGCUGCAGAACUGCUAAACAUGGUCAUGGAUUUCCAUCUUACUAGUUUUGUGAAGCCACAAUUUUUACUUCUUUGAGUGAUUUAGUAGUCCAAGCUGAAGGAUGCCAAAGCUACAAGUGGAUAAGUGUUCAGUCGUUCAUUACACCGUCCCCCAGCAUCCUACAUAAAUGGUCGAAUGGGGUGGAGUGGAGCGCUCUGCGACCUGGAGGGGGCGGGGUGUCAAGUGCCUCCUUUAGAUUGAAUGAGCCGCAGCAAAACAAGUUGCUCUAAGACGCAUCUCAGAACAGGGGAAAAAGAGGGGCCUUUGGAGCUAAAUUAAUCAGGAAUUCAGACCAAAGGAUUGCAGUUCCACUUUAUAUAGCCCACAACUGAAUGAUUUAAAUGUAAAAAGGAAGAACUGAAAAGCAUGAUGUGUCCCCUUUAAACCUCAGGGGAUAUUUGGAUCAGAAAGUCUCCCAGUUUGCACAUAAAUCAUGCCAGAAGUUCAUAGGAAGAAUGGAGAGUAAUAUAUUUAAUAUAUAUAUUUUAUAUAUACAUUUUAUUCCAUCUGUCCAUCCUGCAGAUGGAAAUUGAACAUGCAGUUAUAAGGGAAAAGAAACUCUGAGAUAUUGUACAUACAUUUUUUGCUGUAAGACUAAGAAGAUGAGCUACAGUUUGCUGAUUCAUUUUUUUUAAACCCUGUAGGGAGGAGAACAACCCUAAAUACGUAAUGUUCUGUACAGCCCUGCAUAUCUGACAUCAGUGGGCGAUCACUCAGGGAAAUCAGAUCAGUUCA